AUGUGGCUAGCGUCAAUACCAUAUGUGCCUUGGGGCUUAACAAUACUCACUACUUUAUGUGUGACCCAAGCCGCCGAUCCAGUUGAACUAUCAGUUUCCCGAGAAGGCGGAAAUAAAUCAAGCCCCUUGCUCUAUGGAAUCAUGUUCGAGGAAAUGGAUCAUUCAGGUGAUGGUGGAAUCCAUGGACAGCUACUCCAGAAUAAUGGCUUCCAGGGAGACAGCCUUGGAUUGACGGCAUACGCACCCGUAGGGGAUGUAAUGAUCUUCCAAGAUAAAGAUCAUCCUGUGAGCGACGCCAUUACGUCUUCGAUUUCUGUCUCGGUUCCAGAGAAUACAACGGAGUAUGUUGGUUUUGCGAACACAGGCUAUAAUGGAGUUCCAGCCCUGAAUUCUACAUACACCAGCUCAUUCUGGAUGAUGGGAUACUACUCGGGAACGAUCAAUCUUCAGCUUGUUGGGUCGAACAAUGGCAUCGUUUAUGCCGACCACAACCUGACUGUUGAAAGCACAGAUGCUAAAUUCACCCAAUUUGAGACGACUUUCAACUCCACACUAUCCCCUGAUGGAGAAAAUGAGUGGCACUUGACAUUCGAUGGCUCGAAAGUUGCUGGAAGCUCAUUAAACUUUGGAUACAUUCAGCUGUUCCCACCAAGAUAUCAGGAUCGGGAGAAUGGAUUGCGCGAAGAUCUGGCAAUAUUCCUUGAGAAAGUUGGAUUCAAGUUCCUUCGAUUUCCAGGGGGAAAUAACAUCGAGGGUCUAGAGAUCGACAACCGGUGGAAAUGGAAUAGAACAAUCGGACCUCUAGUUGACCGACCGGGACGAAACAGCGACUGGUUCUAUCCCAACACCGAUGCCCUGGGUCUUGAUGAGUAUCUAUGGUGGUGUGAAGACAUGAAUAUGUCACCUUUGCUGGCUCUCUGGUCAGGCAAGUCAUACGGCGGGAUUGUCUCAGGCUCCGACCUUCAUCCAUUUGUCGAUGAUAUCAUGAACGAGCUGGAGUACCUCCUCGGUAAUACAUCAACCGACUUUGGAAAGUUACGGGCCCAGAAUGGUCGCGAGGAUCCAUGGAAGAUCGAUUAUAUCGAAAUCGGGAACGAAGACGACCUCACGGGUGGUUGUGAUACCUACCCCGAUCGCUUCAACCAGAUUUAUAAGGCUAUCCAUGACAAAUAUCCCAAUAUCACGCUCGUUGCCUCGAAUGGCAACUACUCCUGUCUACCUUCACCGCUACCUACGGGUGUCAUCAUUGACCUGCACUUGUAUCGUAUGCCGGAUGACUUUGUGGCAUUGUUCAAUCAGUAUGAUAACCAGCCUCGAGAUCAACCUGUCAUGGUAGGUGAGUAUGGAUGUCGGAAUACAUCUAACGCGAAGGGUACAUAUUGGUCAUAUAUGCAAGGCAGCUGUAGCGAGGCUAUAUACAUGAUGGGCAUGGAGCGGAACAGUGAUAUUGUUACGAUGGCAGCAUAUGCACCUAUGUUGGAGCAUUUCGGGUUGAUAGCAUGGUCGCCAACGCUUUAUGGGUUCAAUUCAACUCCUGGGUCAAUCACGCCGUCGACAUCUUACUACGUUCAGCAAAUGUUUGCUUCCAAUAAAGGAGACACAGUUCUUCAGAUCAAUUCGUCGGCCGACUUUGGACCUCUCUAUUGGGUGGCUACGAAGACGGAGUCACAAUAUUACGUGAAGCUGGCGAAUUAUGGGUCGAAGGAGCAGAACGUCACCAUCAGCAUUCCUGAAACAAGUUCAGGGAGGUUAGAAAUGCUCUCCGGAUCGCAGUUUCAAGGCAAUCAGCCUUAUCAGAUGGAAAUUAAGACGGCAACCACGAAGGUUCAUAGUGAGAAUGGGACGUAUUUUGUCACUAUGAACUCCUGGGCAGUUGCUGUUCUAGCUGUUUCUUGA